AUGAAUACGGCGCUUACGAGGCCCUCUGUCUCCGAGGGGAGAACCCCAAUCAUCAAGGUCCCGGAUCCCCGCCCCUCAUCUCACCUUCUCGCGGGGCCUCGCGCCAGCAGGGGGAAUCUGGAUCCUUUUUCGCCAGUGAACGAGAAUGGGAGCUUCGAAUUCGACCGCGUGGUGAAGACAGGAAGGGUCCAGCGCCGAGUCAAGCACAAACACGUCUUCCGCGCCUCUUGGAAACCAGCCUACCUCGUCCUCCGACCGAACCUCCUGUCCGUCUACAAGGAUGAAGAAACCACCCGCCUACGAGUCUCAAUCCCCCUAUCCGAAGUGACCGCCGUCACUCCCGUCAAGUCAGCGCGCUCCACCCGGAAACACGUCUUCGGCGUCUUCACCCCUGCCACCAACUACCGUUUCGAAGCGCCGACACAGCGCGAUUCUGAGGACUGGAUCCAACGCAUCCGCGCCGAGACCCCGGGAAACGAGGACGAGCAAGCUUUCCUAGCCUUGACCAACCGCCGCGCACCUCCGGUCAUCCAAAAGCAGCUCGUCGACGAGACAACCGACCAGUCUGACUUCGACCUCGCCGGUCGCGCCAGCUCCCCCGAACCACGCCACACCCGGUCAACACGGAGCCAUGCCCCGAACCUCCCUUACAUCCAGGAUUACUCGGGCAACGAGGGAAACGAGGCCUCCUUCUCAGAGUUCUCCGAUGGGUCCCCGCCAACCCGUAACAGCCAUCUACGAUCGAUGCCAUCUAUUCAUUCUCUCUCACUCUCCGCGCCAGAGGAUAAACUAGCACCUCUUCCUCGCGACGCAAGCAAACCAUCCGACCUGGGCAUCCUCAGAGAUCCCGAGCGGGUCGCCUGUCAGGGGUACCUGCAGGGGCUACGUAUCCAAGGGACCGUGCGCCAGUGGAAGCGACUCUGGGUUGUGCUGCGUCCAAAGAGUCUGGCCUUUUACAAGGAUGACGCGGAGUACUCUGCGCUUAAGAUUAUUCCCAUGGCGCAGGUAUUCGAUGCGGCCGAGGUAAACCCUCUGUCGAGAUCGAAGACGUUCUGCAUGCAGAUUAUCGCCGAGGAAAAGACCUAUCGGCUUUGCGCGCCGGAUGAAGAAUCCCUCGCGCGCUGGUUGGGCUCCUUGAAAAGUAUUCUUGCUGCUCGUCGGAAAUUGGAUCCGGCCUUGGGAAGUUCCGUAUAA